CGCGGAUAUUAAGUUAUCAAUAAAGUAUUUACGCGCGUAGCUUUAUUUUAAUUAAUAUUUGUACACUAUUUUAUUUUUUAUAUAGUUAUCAAACAUUGAAAAUUUUGGCUUUUAUGUUGGUUGGCUUUUGAAAUUGUAGUACAAUUUCAGAAUGAAUGAGCCCUAUGGUAGUGGCAACAAUGAUGAUAUUUAUGAUGAUUUGGAUACUUUAUUUAAUCCUGAAACUGCUUGUGUCACUGAUAGUAUUCAAAAGAACCCUUCUAAUGUUUCUGACUUUUCCAAGACUGAUAAUAUUACUACAAAUGUUCCAUCACAAUCUUCUUCUAUGUCAAAUUUUAAGCUAAAUGAAGACCAACUGAAAAAGGAAGAGAUGAUACUGUAUCUUGAUCUUGUCGUAACUGAAAUGGACAAUAAGAAGGCAUUAGUAAAUCUGAAUGCUGAGUAUAUUAAGCUUAAAAAAGAAGCAGAUUCUUUAAGAAAAUCACUGAGUGAGAAAGAUGAAAAAAUAUCUCAGCUGACAGCAGAGAAUACUACUCUCAAAAAAAAUAUUUGCUCACUUUAUAAAACUGCAAAAUCUGAGAUUGACCAAAAAGAUGCUAUGUUACAAGAAGCUAACAAAGAAAUUGAUAGAUUGCAUUCACGGAGUGAUAGAAGUGUCAUACAAAAUGUAUAUAGAAACAUUUCUGUAGAAACUAGUCAAUGCCAGCCUUCUACUUCCAGAAUAUCCAGUGUGCCAAGUCAAAAUUCCAAACAGUAUGAAGAUAAUUUCAGAAAUAAAAAAGACCAAAAUUACCAAGACAAUAAAAAAAGAAAUGAAACUUCUGGAUCAGAAAAUUCUACUUCCACAAGACCAUCUACUUCUUCCAACUCUUCUGAAAAUCAUUUGAAAUGGAACAGAGUGAAUUCUAAACACAAAUUCUCUCAUUAUGAAUCAAAAAAACAUAAACAUUUACCUACUCAUGUUGCUAACAAUGAAAAGUGCAAUACAUAUAUUGAUAAAAGGAAUAAUUUUAAUAAAUCAAAACACAAUGAAACGAGCUCAAGAGAAAAAAAUAGUCCUAAAAGACAAAAGCUUUGUAAUUAACUUUCUCAGUUCUUUAAUAUUCUGAGUAAAUAGUUCUAGUAAGAAAGACUUGAUAAAUAUACUAAGCAUUCAUUUUAUUAAAUUUAUUUUUAGGCAUAAUUAGAAUUUUAAAAUGCUAUUGCUAUUCAAGAGAAUCUUUGCUAUUUAUUCAAGAGUUAAAUAAUGAAUUAUGCAGUUUUUAAGACAAAAUUAAUUAUAUGGAUUUAUUUUUAUAUAAGUAUGGAAUUUCCUGCAAUUUUUAUAAAUUUACGAUAAGUUAUUUCAGUUUAAUUUCAGCAACUACUGGAUGUGAUUUUCAAGAUAGUUACUGUUUGUGUAAAUUUUAACUUAUUGAGCUGUCUCAUUGUCACAUUUCAUUAAAAACAAUAGUUCCUUUGUGUUAUCAGCAACAGCUGCCAAGUAUAAAUGUUUACUUAAAUGUUGUUAUAUUGUGAUCAGCAAACCGGACACCAAAUGCACUAAGUACAGCAAUUUUAAGCAUAUUACUGAUAAUAAACUAUAUGUUUUGCUACAUACUUUUGAUAUACUUGGUACAUUUUUGCUGCUGUUGAGUUAAUUGGAAGAUACUAAAAUAACCUCUCUAAAUUUUUUGUUAUCUUACUGAUCAAAUAACAAAUUCAAUUUAUUAAGCUUUAAGGGAAAUAAAAAAUCAAAUAAAACUUGACUAAGAAAAGUCCCUCCCCUUUAAAUAUCCCCAUUUUGAGAUAAUCUAUACAAUUAUUUGAUUAUGGUUUAGAUCUCUUUCUUCUUAUUCAAGACUUCAUUAUUCAUUUGAUUUGAUUUUAAAUUAUUACUUAAAUAGGACUCAAUUAUCUUAAGGCAAAACUGUUGGUUAGUAAAUUGUAUUGCAUCUGGAUUCUAAAUCAGAUUUUAAUAAGUUGAUAUUCUUUAAAAUUUCAUUCUUUGAAAUGUGAGGAAGAUCACGUGGUGUGAAUUAUAACAUUUGAGAAAUUGAACUUCAUUUUAAAAUGUUUUCAUGGAUAAUUGUUUAAUAAACUUUUUCUUGUUGGAAUUGAUUUGUUAUCGAAUUUCUUAAAUGAUUUAUAAUAUUUGAUGAAUUUUUGAUAACUAAGAUUUGGUAACUAAGAUUCACAACAUUCUGUGCAAUUGAGAAUAGCCUUUUGAAACCUGCAAAGAAUAUCAAAAGUUUAUUUAGCCUUUCUAGGCCUAUGGUGCCAUUUGGCACUACUAAAAUACUGCAUAUUUUACUAUGCAUUUCAAUUUAAAAUUUGGCUGAAAAAGAUUUAAUAUGGCUUAGAUAACAACAUAAUCUGGUUAAAAAUCAAUAAUUUCAAUUAAUUAAUCAAGAAUAAAUGAAUAUUUUUGAAUAUAAAGUAUAUCUUCAGUGUUUUUUCAAUUUUUAUAUUUUUAAUAAUCAAUAAGCAUUUGAACUAGAAAGGAUUAAAUUAUGCAUGCAAUUCUUUUAUAUUUAAAAUAAAGCAGUUCAUUUUAUAUUUGUGUUUUCCUUGAAGUUACAAACACUGUAAUAAAUAUAUGUUAUCUGAUUACUUAGAGUAGCACUGUGAUAUUGUGUUUGUGAAUUAUUAAUUAAAAAGUUUUAGCUACAUAUUUAAUGAUUAUCUCUGUUAUAUUGGUAGAAUCAGCAGUAAAGUAAUAUGUAGAUUUUAAAGGGUGCUGCUGUGUUCUAAUUUCAUGUGCUAGAUCAUCAGAUCAUGACAAACAAUUUUUUACAUAGGAAACAGUGAUAGAAAUGUGCUCAUGAGAUUGUUUUCUGAUUAUUGAUAUGAGAACAUGCUUAUAAAGUAAGAGAGAGUGUGAGAUAAAAUAUCUUGCACAGAAUAGUAGAUAAUGGAUACUGUUCACUGAAUUGUACUUGUUACAAAAGAAAUUUAUUUUAAAAACUUCAUCUUUUAUUAUUGUUUUCAUAAUUAAUAAUAUGUAAUAAAUUUUGUUAUAUGAUUUUGAUCAUUAAUAGUAUUAUCAUUGUAAAUAAAUUAUUUAUUAAGUUAUUUGUA